CGGACCGGGGAUAGGAUACCAGUGCACCGCCCACAAGCCAUCGCGGUUCGCGAAAAACUGUUCUCUCGCUGUCUCCUCCCCUUUCCGGCUUUCCCUCUCCCCUGCCCAGUGCCCACCACCUUAUUCGUGCGUGCAUCGCACUCCCUGCAGCUUCCCCCCCCCCCCCCCUCCGAAGCCGGAAUCCAUGGCCUCCAAAUCUGCAAACACCGAAGGGAUCAAGAAGGAGUCCGAGGCGGACGUGUACAACUCCGAGCUGACGCCGCUGCAGCGGCACGUCGCCUUCUUCGACAGGAACAAGGACGGUAUCAUCUACCCCUCCGAGACCUACGAAGGGUUCCGCGCGAUCGGGUGCGGAGUCGCGCUCUCCGCAUUCAGCGCCGUCUUCAUCAACGGCUUGCUCGGACCCAAGACCAUACCGGAGAACGAGAAGGCUGCAGCUUUCAAGUUCCCCAUCUACGUAAAGAAUAUCCACAAGGGCAAGCAUGGGAGCGAUUCAGGCGUGUACGAUUCCCACGGAAGGUUUGUUCCUGAAAAAUUCGAGGAGAUAUUCAAGAAGCAUGCCCAUACGAGGCCUGAUGCCCUAACAGGCAAAGAGCUGCAGGAGUUGCUUCAGGCAAACAGAGAGCCUAACGAUUUGAAAGGACGGGUGGGUGGCUUCACAGAGUGGAAAGUUCUGUACUCACUGUGCAAAGACAAGGAAGGAUAUCUUCACAAGGAGACUGUCAGGGCAGUCUAUGAUGGCAGCCUGUUUGUAAAGUUGGAGCAAGAGAGGAAGGAAGCUAAGGAGUCUGCUAAGAAGAAAUGAUGCAAAUAUCCCCUCUUAUUUGUGAUUGUGCACAAGUAUUUGUAAAUUAUGUUGCUUCUGAGUGUGGUCACUGAGUCCGUAAAGUAACGCCAUAGUUUGAUUUUGUGUGUUUCUCUGUUCAUCUUUCCUGCAGCUAGAUAUGAGAGCCUGCUUGUAGAGAUGUCGCAAUUAUUUGCAAAAUGGGAUGUGUUAUAUUCAGAUUUCCUUUUUUACUUCUACCUUCUAUUGUAACUCUUGCUUGUUUUCCAUAAGCAGCUGACGUGAUCAUCGAAAUUCAUUUCUUAUGCAAUAUGUUUUGCCGAA